UCGUGGUCCACUUUCCUUUGCGGAAGCGCUUUGCAGCUGUCAAAGAGAUUUUUGGUAAAUCACUUUCAGCUCACAGUUGAACGGGAAAUAUCUGCAGAAGUUCAAGAUGGACUGUCCACGCUGGUUGCCCCUUGAGUCGAAUCCAGAAGUCAUGACCAAGUUUGUGAAUUGCUUGGGUAUGAAACCAACCUGGCAAUUUGGAGAUGUGUAUGGACUGGAUCCAGAGCUUCUGAGCAUGGUACCAAGACCGGUGUGCGCAGUGCUGCUCCUCUUCCCCGUGACUGAGAAGUAUGAGGCCUUCAAGCAAGAAGAGGAAGAGAAACUGAAGGAUCAACGACAGGAGGUUUCUCCUGAUGUCUACUUCAUCAAGCAAACUAUUGGAAACGCAUGUGGAACAAUAGGAUUAAUCCAUGCAGUGGCAAACAACCAGGCUCACCUGGAAUUCGAGUCCGACUCGCCUCUGAAGAAGUUUAUUGAACAAACCACCAAAAUGACUGCGGAGGAAAGGGCCACGUUCCUGGAAAAAGAUGAGAGUAUACGUGUGACACAUGAAUCCAGUGCACAGGAGGGACAGACUGAGGCCCCGAGUUUGGACGAGAAAGUGAACCUGCAUUUUAUAGCUUUUGUGAAUGUCGGAGGACAUUUAUAUGAGCUGGAUGGUCGGAAGCCUUUCCCUAUUGUCCACGGAAAAACUUCAGAAGAUACUGUCCUCGAGGACGCCGUAGCCGUUUGUAAGGUCUUCAUGGCUCGUGACCCUCAAGAGGUUCGUUUCACCAUCAUCGCUCUCUCCAAAGAUUCCUACUGAGGAAACUCCAUCACGAAAGAAAAAAAGAUGAAGCAUGACUGCCAAACAUUCUCAAGUGCUGACUUAAUCCGAAACUACAAUUCUUUUCUCAAUGCUUUAGCAAAGUGAUUGGAGGGAAAUACUUAAAUGUCAGGGAAAUCAUUCUAAGGAACUUUCUUGCGGUACAUCACUUGUUGUUGGUGUGAGAAUGUCGGGUGCUGCUUUGCGACUUAAAAAGUAUUUCUUGUUCAGAUCAAAAUCUUCCAGUUCCUUACUUGCGAAGACAUCUCCCAUCACUGUCAAACAGAUGAUAGCUGUACAACAUACACACUGCACUAAAGUCUGUUUACAUGGCUUGUUUGGCUUUUCAGUUUAAACAACUUUCCACGUCGCUGAGGGGACUUUUGAUGUCGAGGCGUUUCUGAUCAUGUGUCUCACCACUUGGUUCAAAACCUGAGGAGGAAAGACAUUUUGCUAUAGGCUCUUAUUUAAGUCAUGGCUUUGACUCAAACGAUAAGCUUGAUGCUGUUAUAUGCAGUAAUGAUGUUAUGUAACGCUAAUUAAAGAAAUAAAAAUGUCUCCUGUAAGCGAGGCUCCUUGAAAAGUGCAGACUGUACAUCCGUGCGGAAGGUGCCUACAUUUUUGUAAUAGGAAUCCAAUUCUGUCAAAUAAAAGGCAAAUUUGAUAAAAGUC